GGAAAGAAUGCGAGUGGAUCCAAACAGCGUUAUAAUCGUAAAAGAGAAACUUCAUAUUCAAAAAAUGAGAACUUUUCCAGUCAGUCCCGUCGCUCCAAUUCACAGAAAAGCAAAGCUUUUAACAAAAUGCCUCCUCAAAGGGGAGGUAGUGGCGGAAGUGGCAAACUUUUUAGCUCUUGUAAUGGUGGAAGACGAGAUGAGGUAGCAGAGGCUCAGCGGGCAGAGUUCAGCCCUGCCCAAUUCUCUGGUCCCAAGAAGAUUAAUCUGAACCACUUAUUGAACUUCACUUUUGAACCCCGUGGCCAAGCAGGCCAUUUUGAUGGGAAUGGACAUGGCAACUGGGGGAAAAGGAACAAGUGGGGACAUAAACCUUUCAACAAGGAGCUCUUCCUACAGGCCAACUGCCAGUUUGUUGUCUCUGAAGAACGGGACUACACAGUCCACUUUGCUGAUCCAGAUACCUUGGUCAACUGGGACUAUGUGGAGCAAGUGCGAAUUUGUAGCCAUGAAGUGCCCUCUUGCCCAAUAUGUCUGUACCCACCAACCGCAGCAAAGAUCACCCGCUGUGGGCAUAUCUUUUGUUGGGCAUGUAUCCUUCACUACCUCUCCUUGAGUGAAAAGGCCUGGAGUAAAUGUCCUAUUUGUUAUGGCUCUGUUCACAAGAAGGAUCUCAAGAGUGUCGUUGCUAUGGAAACACGUCAAUAUGCAAUUGGUGAUAUCAUUACAAUGCAACUUAUGAGAAGAGAGAAAGGUGUUCUGAUAGCACUGCCCAGAUCUCAGUGGAUGAAUGUGGUGCAGCCUGUUUGCAUCGGAGAUGACCAGCACAGUCAGUAUUCAAAGCUGCUUCUGGCAUCCAGGGAGCAGGUCUUGCAGCUGGUGAUUCUGGAGGAGAAAGCAGCAUUACUAAAACAGUAUGAGGAAGAAAAACACACGCCAGAGGCUUGCUUUAUUGAGGCAGCUAUCCAGGAACUGAAGGAGCGAGAAAAAGCACUCUGUGCUGAUCAGGAUAAAGACAAUGGCAUUGCUGGAAUCAGUGCAGCUGUGGAAGAAUUGGUCCUAGAAAGCUCCAAGACUGUGGAGCCUGCAGUUUCCCGAGAGAAAAAGUGUGGUGUGGAAUAUCUCUCUGCAUUUGAUGAGGAGCUUGUGGAGCCUUGCUCAGAUCUGGCAAGUUCUUUUUCGCCUCCUGUGGAAGCAGAAGAGGCAGUGCUGGAUAAAGAGGAAGUACCUGAGAUGGACACCGUAGGGCAACCAGAUACGAACACUACAGAAGAACCAAACCCAGCUGAAACAAGCUGCCAAGAAUCUAAAGAUACAGUUAGCAGUGGACAUCUUAGCAACUCUCCUUUUUACUAUUUCUAUCAAGCGGAGGAUGGACAGUGUAUGUAUCUUCACCCUGUGAAUGUUCGAUGUCUUGUUCGUGAAUACGGCAGCUUGGAGAAGAGUCCAGAGAAGAUAACUGCAGCUGUAGUGGAGAUAACUGGCUACUCAAUGACAGAGGAUAUAAGACAGCGUCAUCGUUACCUCUGCCACUUGCCCCUCACUUGUGAGUUCAGCAUCUGUGAACUGGCUCUGAAGCCACCCAUCAUCUCGAAGGAGACUUUAGAGUUGUUUUCAGAUGACCUUGAAAAGAGGAAACGUCUGCGGCAGAAGAAAGCUCGUGACGAACGACGACGUGAACGCAGAAUUCAGAUAGAAGAAAACAAGAAACAGGGCAAAUAUCCAGAGGUCCAUAUUGCUUUAGAGAAUCUGCAGCAGUUCCCUGCUUUUACCUCUUGCCCUGGAGAAACUACCAGCAUUGACCAUCAGAGCUUCUGUCUGUCUCCUCUUGGCAGAAGCCCUGUGUUUCAGACAGAGUCUAUUCCAACUCCACUGUCACCUGCUGCCAGCCAGGCCAGCCCGUUGCUCUGUGGGAGUUUGGAAGAAGAGUGUCCCUUCCCUUCCUUCGCCCAGAUGUUGAGAGUUGGAAAGGCAAAACCAGAAACAUGGCCCAAACCUGCUCCAAAGACAAGAGAUGAGAACACUCUGGCCCUCCCUGUGCCAGCGGAUAGUGAUGGAGAAAGUGACAGCUCUGACCGCAUACCUGUGCCCAGCUUCCAGAAUUCCUUCAGCCAAGCCAUUGAGGCAGCCCUCCUGAAACUGGACAAACCGUCCACAGCUGAUCAUUUAUCAGAGGAAAAGGGAGGCAAGAAAAGAAAGAAACAGAAGCAGAAGCUACUGUUCAGCACCUCUGUUGUUCACACAAAGUGAUUCUGCUAUUCAAGAGAAGUUUCCUCUCCUGGUUUUCUUUUUAUUUUGCUUUGUUUUGCUGCUAUAGUUUAAGUAUUUAAAUUUGAACAGACUAAACUUGUGUUUCCAGGGCUUCUAGGGGGUUCAGGAGGAAACCAUGACAGUAUAUGUUGAAGUAAGAUCUUUUGAUCCCAACUAUUCAAUCGGUUUAUAAUGAAACAAAUUUUUGAAAGAAACAAUCCAGAGACAAAUCAUCCAAGGCUUCUGGUUUGUGCCAAGUCAGUUCUUUUGGCCUAAUAAGCAGUGUCAAAGUUUUUACAGCUGUGUGGUACUGCCAGAAUACUGCAAUAUUACCUAAGUGAAGAGGCAGAGAGCCUUUAUUUCCCUGGAAGUAUUCAUGGGCAGAAGUCCAUCUGACUGCAACAGUAGUGCUGUUUCUGUAAAGCUGUCAAACUGCUCUCUUGAGAAGCUGGUUUCCGCUGCACUGGAAGUGGGCAAAAGAGCUUCCUGGCUUUAGAGUGUUGGCUGCUAUAUCUGUUCUUUUUCUAAAGAGCAAGAAUUCCUCCUGUUCUCCUGGCUUGGAAAGAUUUAAAGCUGAGGUGAGUGUAAAGCAGAACUUGGCUACUUGGUUUUAGAGUGACUCUUGAUGAAUUUGUGUAUUUCAAAAUGCGUACUGGCACUGGUGGUAGAAGGAACCUCCUGGCUUUUCUCAGUUGUUC